AUGGAGGCCCCGGUGGCUGCUCCUCCGCCACUCUCACAGCAACAGCAGCAGCCCCCCGCCCCUCCGAAUGUCCCGCAAAGCGAUGCGCCGGCAGCCCCUACCAAGAAGAAAUCGAGACGGGGCGGAGACCCUUCCCUCCAGAAGCGUCGCUGUGUAUCCACAGCCUGUGUUGCCUGCCGCAAACGAAAAUCCAAAUGUGAUGGCGCCCUUCCGAGUUGCGCUGCAUGUGCCAGCGUCUAUGGCACCGAGUGUGUCUAUGAUCCCAACUCGGACCACCGUCGCAAGGGUGUCUAUCGCGAGAAGAUUGAUAGCUCCAAGGCCCGGAGCUCGACGCUGCAAAUUCUCAUCGAGGCCAUCUUGAAUGCGACCGAGGACGAAGUGCCCGAGAUUGUGCGCAAGAUCCGUACAUGCGAAAGCCUGGACACGAUAGCGGAAACAAUCCUCAAAGAAGGCGUGGGCAACCCGGACGGAGACGACAAUUUGCUGCUGGAAGAGAAUUAUACCACCGAUAUGCCCGUGGAAGGAGAGCGGGACCUGGCCCGCAAGAUGGGCGAGCUGAGGCUGGAGAAUGGAUCCGUUCGCUUCAUCGGCGGCACCUCCCACCUGAUAUACUUAGGCAACACCACUGCAACAGACCCCGAGCCCGAGACCAUGGAUGUAGCCUCAAACGUCGACCCCAUUACAAGCUGGACAGAAGUUACCAAGGACACGGAGCUCGUCGUACACCUCUUGAACAUGUACUUCACGUGGCAUUAUUCAUAUUUUGCGACUCUAUCGAAAAACUUAUUCUACCGGGACUUCUUUAGGGGGAAGCCCACUGGUUUCUUGCACAAAACAACGUAUUGUUCGCCCUUGCUGGUCAAUGCUAUGCUCGCUCUUGGUUGCCAUUUUACCAACGUUGCCGGUGCAUACGCUGUUCCAGAAGAUGACUGGACAAAAGGCGAUCAUUUCUUUGCAGAAGCGAAAAGGCUGAUUGUUGAGAACGAUGAGUACGAAAAGCCUAGACUCACGACUGUUCAAGCGCUGGCUUUGAUGUCGGUCAGAGAAGCCGGAUGUGGGCGAGAAGCCAAAGGUUGGGUCUACAGCGGUAUGAGCUUCCGCAUGGCGCAGGACUUGGGUCUCAACCUUGACAUUGGCGGCAUCAACACUGAAAAGGAGCAGCUCGAUGAAACAGAAAUUGAUGCACGGAGGAUGACGUUUUGGGGGUGCUUCUUGUUUGACAAGUGCUGGUCGAAUUACCUCGGUCGACUGCCGCAACUACCUAAGGGCUCAUAUAAUGUGCCCAAAUACGAAGUUUUCCCAGAUGAGGAUGCUGAAGAAUGGUCGCCUUACACAGAUAAUGGGUCCGACGAGACGUCCAAGCAGCCAUCCCGGACCCGCGCCAUCGGACUUCAACUAUCUAAGCUUUGUGAAAUCAGCGGCGAUCUGCUGGUCUUCUUCUACCACCCGAAUCACAUUGGUAGAUCUAGUGGCAAGGCCAUUGAGUUGAAAAAGUUGAGCGAGCUGCACCGCCGCCUUGAGGAUUGGCGAAAAGAACUGCCGGCAGAGCUGGAGCCCAAAGAAGGCCAACUGCCAAAUGCCAUCUUGAUGCACAUGUUCUUUCAUCUGCAGUAUAUCCAUUUGUUCAGGCCAUUCCUGAAAUACGCUCCUUCGGCAUCACCUCUGCCACCACAUGUCUCCCCACGCAGGAUUUGUACUGCAAAUGCCGGAGCAAUCUCUAAACUAAUGCGUUUAUACAAGAAACUCUACGAUCUGAGGCAGAUUUGCAAUAUCGCCGUAUACAUGCUACACUCUGCCUGUACAAUCCACUUGCUCAAUCUUCCAGAAAAAACUGCCAAAAGAGACAUUAUCCACGGCGUCAAAGCUCUCGAAGAGAUUGCGGAAGACUGGCUUUGUGGUCGCCGAACUCUCAGCAUCAUCAGUGUUUUGGCGCGCAAGUGGAACGUGGAAAUACCCGAAGAAGCUGCACAUGUCUUGCAGCGUACCGACGAAAGAUGGGGCACUUUCAACACAUCGGACGUGCCCUCUCCACGGCCACAUUCGACCACGUCGCCCUCGCCACCUGCGAUUGGCUCGAGACUGGCCAGUGGAAAGCUGGAUCAGUACAGCACGGGAAACGCUCUUCCUCAGGGCACGACGGGAUCAAGCACGCAAAUGCUACCCGCAACCACCAUGCCUCAAAAAAUGCUGAAUGGGUUGACAGCCCCGCAAAGAGAUUUUGGCAACUUGUCUAACAUGCAAGGUGUCAACGAUGUGGCUUUGAUGGGAAUUGGCGUCGACAGCAUAGGCGCGACAUCAUGGGGCCAGCCAUCGGUGACACAAGCACUGCCUGGCUAUCCGCGCUCAUAUGCUUCUGCCUCGAACAGGACAGGCUCUAACCGUAGCACACAAGCCAGCACACGGAAUGCUACCCCGAGCUCGGCUUACGCUGUUGAUGGGCAAGACUGGUACCUCAAGGACGGUGUCAAUUGGCAAUCAGGAUUUGACGCCUGGAAUAUGGGCAACGCCACCAGCGGCGGGAAUAACGCCUUUGCCGAUUCUUCGUCCAUGUUCAUGUUCACUGGCAACCCUGGCAACCCUGUGACUACUGCUGGUAGUCCAAACUCACGCCGAUCGCCGAGCACUGCAAACUUUGACUUUGGGAACCUGGACAGUUUGUCAAACUCCAUCAAUGGAUGGGACACGCUUCCAGAACUAGACUAA